AUGAAUAAUAAUUCUACAUAUAAUAAUUCUAUUUAUGAAAAAUUGAGUAACUAUUCAAAUUCUUAUACUGAAAAUAAUGAUGUAAAUUCAAAUAAUGAUAAAGUAAAAUUAUCAGUACUUUGUAGGAAUAAUACAGCCUUAAAAGAUGGAAAAAUGAAAACAGAAGAUGUAUUUAUAAAAAAUGUAGACAACAUAUUUGAAUUAAAUAUUUUAAAUAAUGUUAACAUAGAGCGUUCUUCAUCAGAUAUUUGUAAUUAUAUAAAGACAUCUAGAAUAAAUAAUAUAAUUUUUGAUGAUAAGCAUAAAAAAGAUGAAAUAAUAGAUAAGAAUAUAAAGGAGAACAGAUAUAAAAAGAAAUGUUUAAAUAAUUAUUCUUCUUCAGAAAUAUCCCAUAGAAAUAUGUAUAAUCAUUAUUUAUUCAAUAAAAGCUAUACAUAUUUAAAAUCGAAAUAUGUUAAAGAAAAAAGUUUUGAUUUAGAAAAAAUAGAAAAAAAUAAAGUUACAAUACAUAAUAUGGUAGACUUUAAAAAUGAAAUUAAUGUAAAAAAUAUUAAUAAACAUACAUGCAAAAAUACUUGUGAUUUAAGAACAAAAAAAAAAAGAAUUUCGAAAGAAAAAUUAAAUGCAGAAAAAAGUUCAUCUGAAGAAAAAGAUAAUUAUCUAAAAUCUAAUAUAUCUCAUAAUGAUGACUAUGGUUAUAACAAUCAUGUUAGCGGAUUAUCUCUAUAUGAAAAUAAAAAUUAUGAUUCAUUUGUAGAAUAUAUAAGUGAAAGUUCUAAUAAUUCUCUUAACAGGACAGAAUAUGUUUCCCUUGAAAAAAAUGAGCCUAGUGAAAGCAAAAAAUACACAAAUAAUUCAGAAAAAAAUAAUAAUUCACCCCAAGAUUCAAUGAAAUGCUGUGGGGAAAGAUAUUCAAAGGGAAAUAAAUGUACAAUCAAUGAUAAUUCUGAGUUAAUGGAAGUAGAUCUCUUAAUAAACAGUGAAAAAAAAUCACAUAAUAGAAGAAAGUUAAUAUUUUAUAAUUAUGAUGAUAAGAAGAAAUUUACAGAAUUUCUUAUGGCUGAGAUAAAAAUAGAAACAAAAAUGUAUAAAUUAAUUUUAUUUAUUUUUAUUUUAAUAUUAUUAUUGUUAUCUAAGAAUAUUUCUAAUUAUAUAGUUAUUACAAGAAAAUGCUACAAUAUAUAUGAAAAUCCAAUUAAAUCUAUAAGGAGAAUACUUAAGUUUAUAUUUAUAGCUCUUAAAAUAUGUUAUAAAUUUUGUUGUCCUCUAUAUUUUUAUUUGAUAUCUUUUUUAUUUAUUAUUGUCUUACGAAUAUUUGUUAUUCUAAAUAUUCCAAUUAUUUUUUUACUACUAUAUGCUAAAUUUGUUUUGAGAAAUGAAGAAUCCACUGCUAGAUUGUAUUUUAUUUUUCUUUUUAACAUUUAUAAGUAUUUUGUUUUUCAAUUUUCUUAUUUUUUUAAAAAUUUUACAGAACAAAUUUUUUUAAGUGAUUCUUUAACAUUUAUAUCUAGAUCAGUUGGCUUAGCUAUCAGUUGCAUGUGCAAAGUAUUACAAAAACUUUAUAAUCAUAUAAUCCAUAUAUUUUCAUAA